AUGGUAGAGCUCCAAGUCAAGACCCUCCUGCUCCUUUUCUGCGUCAGCGGAACGCAUACGGUCAUCUUCUCCAGACUCCCCAGAGCUGCUGUGGUAGCCAUCAGCUGUCUUUCCUUCUACUUCGCCAGGUACAAUACAUGUCUGCUGAACGCGGUGGUCUACAUCAUGGCCCUCUGGCCGCGACUGCUACCAGAGCGAUUGUUAGUCAAGACCCCGAAGGUUCUCAUCGGCGAGUCAGGUCCCCUGGGCCCGGGCUCUUACAAGGCCAUCGAGCUCCUCUUUAUCCUCCUCUCAACCCCCUCCUCUAUGGAAAUGGGUCCCGCGCCGAGCUUCUUCAUGCUCACCUGCUCCAUCGCAGUCUCCGGCGUCACCUUUCUCGCCCUUCAUCUGUGGUCCACCCUGGCAAGAUCUCGGGGGGCACAUGCAGGCAUGGCGAAGUUUGGAGACAAGUACCAGGCUAAGUUGGGCCUCAAGGGACAUCUCCUCUGCUUGUUCCUGGGGUUCUUGAACGCGUUGUGCGAGGAAGGGCUCAGCCGAGGGUUGUUUGCGUACGAGCUGCGGCAGGCCGGGAUGAGCGACAUGGAGGCAGACCUGACCCAGUCGUUCUUCUUCGGACUCGCGCACAUUCAUGGAACUCCAUCCGGGGUGGCAGGCGUGUUUCUCACCUUCUUGUUCGGGUUGAUCAUGUCGGCUCUCAAGUAUCAAGGAGGAGGACUCUUCCUCCCUCUCCUAGUGCAUGGCCUUGCGGACUACUACAUCUUCGUGUUCGUCUCUCGCCGAUCCUUCGGCAAGAACGGGGGUCACCGCAAGGCGACGUGA